AAUGACGUGUCACGUGCGUGUGUUGUGCUGCGCUGAAAUAAAGCAGUUUCUCUUUCUCUUCUGUCUUGAUCUGUGAGAUACGAGUGUUUAAAUGAUUAAACCGAAAGAGCCGAUAUGAGAGGUGAGACGAGGAGCUGACCGGCGCUGAGACUGAGUAAUACAUGAACCUGCCCGAAAACACUUACAGGAGCCGUCCUGUUAUAAGAUCUGUGUGUGUGUGUGUGUUGACAGAGUGUGAUGGACGAGUGGAUCCCUGUAGACCCGGAGCUCAGCGAGUCUGAGGAGCCGAUGGCGGGACUGUCUGCGUCUGAGUUCACCUGUCACUGCUGUUACGAGGUGCUGGUCGAUCCCACCACACUCACCUGUGGACACAGCUUCUGCCGCCACUGCCUGGCCACAUGGUGGGCGUCCGCUCUCCGGACCGACUGCCCAGAAUGCCGAGCGGUAUGGCAGGGCUUUCCCAAAGUCAACAUCCUGCUCCGGGAUGUGGUGGAGAAGCUGUUUCCCACUGAUGUCAGCCGACGGAAACAGGCCGUCCUGAGCAAUCUGCGGCUCCGUCAUGUUCUCCAGGCCUUCCAGCAGCAGGGGAAGAGAGAGGCCCCUCGCGCAGCUCCGCCACAGAACCUACCACUGUUUAAUAUACUGAACCGACCACCGUUUAAUAUGUUGAAUCCACCACAGAUCAACAUCAGAGAGGUUCUGGCUGGAAUCAAGAUAGCGCUGUGCUGCGUGGCUACUGUGUUGUUAGUGUACCGUGCGUUCAGUAUCAGCUCCAGUCAUGAUGUGCUGCUCAGUAAACCACUCAGCAGGUGGAGUGCUGAUGAUGUCACUCUGUGGGUGGAGCAUCUGAGUGUCUGGACCAAUCAGUACAAACAAACCUUCUUCAGGGAACAGAUCAAUGGCAGAACGCUGUCUGCUCUCAGCGAUGAAGAUCUGUCUGCGACUCCGUUCAGCAUCAGGAAUCAGUCUCACAGACGGAUCAUCCUGGAGGAGCUGCACAGACUCAAAGAGCGCCGAGUCUCACUCAACCUCUGGCAGUACAAGGAUCUGCAUUUAGGGAAGACUCUGUUUCUGCUGUUGAGUUUGCGCAGAUUUCCCCGGUUGACACUGCUCUAUCUGUUUCUGUUUGAUUAUGACGACACAUUUCUGCCCUUCAUUCACACCAGUUGCCCUGCACAAACAACCGCAGCAACGCAAGACAGCCUGACCGACACACCGCUGGAGCGUCCGGGUUGGCAUCAGUGGGCAGAGUUUCUGCUCAUGUACCUCCUGUUGCCCUAUCAGCUGCUGUCUGCGUUCGCCUGGCACUGGCUGAGCGUUCAUAACUGGACGACAUGCAUCGUCAUCUUUCAUGCUCUGUUACUGUCCGUGCAGGAUGUGUAUUUCUUCUGGACACUGUUGAAGAGAGGAGAGAUGAGGACGCUCCCUGUGAGGGUUUGGCAUGAGGUGUUAGCAGAGAUACUGGACUCGUCUCUGUUUGUGCUGCUGUGGCCGCUGAUGCCGACGUUCUUCUGGAACUUUCUGUUCUACUUCAAUCUGUACGUCUGCCCCUUCGACACGGCAGUGCUGGUGAAACAAACAUUCCUGCAGACGGACACACAACAGCAGAGGAUCUGAAACACACACUGACUUCACUUUCACACUCAUCACACUGCUUUACUGUCGGUUUCUGACUUAUUAUUAUUGAAUUAAACCGCUCAUAUUCAUUUAUCUCUUCAGUCACCUGUUUGAGUGUUUGUUUCAUGCUGUUUAAGAGAAAUUAAGAGACAAUUCUGUGCAAUUAAAAUCAAUAAUGCAAUAUUUAUUUUUAUAUUAUAAGAUUUACAUGAAUGUAAUAAUCUGGGGCAAAACUGUUAAAUAAAAAGAGAAAGCUCUGGUGUUGUUGAGAGACAUGUUAAUGUUAGAUGAGAAGUGUGUUUGUUGCGUUUGCAGUGAUCACUUGGCAAGAUGUUUGUUCUUCAUAAUAGGAAAAUUAAUAAAACACAGCAACAACCAUAAAAGAAAACAAA